GUGGAAUUUACCCCGUAAGCUGGUUUUAUAUGUUACAAUUGUGUCUAAGAGGCUCCAGAACAGUUCCAUAUAGAUCCGUAAGAAAGAUGCACGUUCAAUAUUUGCCUAUGCGUUGGGGCAGAGGUGAUAACUACGCCUAUUUGAUAACCGAUGAGUCAACCAAGGAUUCAUGGCUUAUCGACCCUGCCAAUCCAGAGGACAUUCCAGAGGAGACAUUAUCGAAGGUUAACGUUGUUAACAUAGUGAACACUCAUCACCACUAUGAUCAUGCUGGUGGUAAUGGCCACUAUAAAAAGCUUUUGAAGGUUCCAAUUGUUGGUGGGAAGGACUGUCCUUCCGUUGAUGUUGUACCACAGGAUGGUGAAAAGAUCCAAUUAGGGUCGAAUUUGGAAAUCACAGCCAUCCAUACUCCUUGUCAUACACAGGACUCUAUCUGUUAUUACUUCGCUGACAACAAGACCGGUGAGAAGGCUGUGUUUACAGGCGAUACCUUGUUCACUGCAGGCUGUGGACGUUUCUUCGAAGGAGAGCCGUCCGAGAUGGUCACCAGCUUAAACAAGUUGGCACAGCUACCAAGGACAACUGUUGUUUAUCCAGGUCAUGAAUAUACAAAGGGUAAUGCUAAGUUUGCCCUGAGUGUUAUGGAUAAUGAACCACUGCGUCAAUUGAUGGACUACUCUGACAAGAACGAAUUCACCACUGGCAAGUACACGAUUGAAGAUGAAUUGGCCUUUAAUCCGUUCAUGAGAUGCGACGAUGACGAGUUGAAGGCAAAGUUCCACUGCUCAGAUGACAUUCAACUGAUGGGACUGUUCCGUGAGAUGAAGAACAACUUUUAACCGUAUCGCUCUUCAUUUAAAAGGGGGAGCUAUCUAUUUAAGUCUAUAAUCUAACAGUGACAUAUGGUGGAUGUAGGAGAACAAAUCAAAACCCCAACAAGUUAGAGCUAUUGCUGAGAAAUUGUAACCUGAUCUCUAUAAAGCCUUCAUAAACGUAACGUAAACAAAGAGCUUCACUUGAACACUUCAUAUCAC